AUGGGUAAGAAACAGUCACCUACCAGUAAUAAUCACCUUCCACCACCAGUUCCACCUCGACCAGCAAUACCCGGUGAAAAUAUUCAUUAUUCGACGGUACUUAAUGGUCCUGUAAAUAAUCCUUACGCAAUGCCAUCGUAUGGAUACGCUCAACUAUACCCCACUGUCGCACCGUACCCGAAUAACAAUAUGUAUGGUAAUUACAAUUAUACUGUACCUACGGAAAGUGCGUUCGCUAGGCUUGCAGACGAAUCUUCAAGAGGAGCAUUCCAAAACAUCGAUGCUAUUGUAACGGCGGUCACCUCGAUAGCCAAUCUGCUGACCUCCACUCAAAAUGCCAUUCACAGCUCAUUCAAAGCUGUCAUUGGAGUUGUUGAGCAGUUUUCACGUUUGAAGUCACAGUUCAUGUCGCUGUUAGUGACAUUGUCUGUUUUCCGAUGGUUGAAACGUAUUUGGCGCUCAAUUUUAGUGAUAUUACGCUUAAGACCUGCAAACUUUUCGACCGAGCAGAUGGUAUGGCAUGACAUAAAUAUGAGCAAACCGGCAGUGAAUGAUUGGUUUGCUUCAUAUGGCAUAGCAGAUAAUACAUUCAACUGGCCUGCCCUCUUGUUUUGGCUAGUGGCUAUUGGCGGUCCCUAUCUGAUCUACAAGUGUAUUUUCUCGUUGAUGAAUAAAUUUGAAGAAACAAAACAGUGGGCUGCCGGAUUUUCUGAGCAUUACAAUGCGACGGGGCAACCGCAUACAGCGGCCCAUUCGAGUGAAUUACUUCGUCAUCUUUGCCACGCAUUGUAUGAUUUUGUUGGACAUAGUGAACGUGAGCUAUCGUUUCGUACUGGACAGACACUUCGGAUUGCUCCAAGACAUCAACAGCCACCAGUUCGAGGUUGGCUUCUUGCAAGCUCAGAAGGUGGUGAGCAAAUCGGAUUAGUACCAAUGAAUUACAUAAAGAUAACAGGACGAAAACUGAUGUCUCCGACACCCGAGACAGAAACUUCGUUUGAAAAGAUCUAUGAAGAAGCAUUCCGAUUGCAUUCAUGA